UUGUGCCGUUUAUGUGAAUGUUUGCUUAUAAAAAGAAGCGCACCGAGUUUGUUUUAAUUAGUAGUGACAUUUGUGGGAGAAGACAAAGAACUACUUUCACUUCACGUCAAAAUCAAUAUGAAACAGUUCACGUGUCUCUCUUUAGCUUUGUUCGCUUCCCUUGCAGUGGCGCAAGCUUAUGGACCACCAAGUCCUCUUCCUCCACCUCCCCCAAGUUAUGGUGGUGGAUCAGGAGGUUAUGGAGCUCCUGCUAUCCAACAAGUGAGUUUGGCUGGUCUCUCCAAGCUGGUGAACAUCGGCGCCGUUGAGAGGUAUUUGAAUGGCCCUGCAGCUUCCUACUCUGGCCAGAACUCUGGUUCGUAUGCCCCGGCUAAGUACAUUGCGGCAGCAUCAGGGCCCUCUCGCGGCACGGUAAUAUCAUCUAGCUAUAGUGAAGCGCCUGCUAGCUAUGGUGGAGGAGCAUCAUCGGGCGGCUAUGGAGGCGGUAAUGGAGGCUAUGGAGGCGCACCAGUACCAAUUCUUUGUGGUGGCAAUGGAAUACCCUGUGGGCAUGGAGGCGGUAAUGGAGGCUAUGGAGGCGCUCCAGUACCAAUCAUUUCUGGUUAUGGUGGCGCUGCUCGUCCCAAAUACCAAGUCCUCGCCGCUCACGUGACCCAGAUCAACCCCGGCAAGAACAACUAUAAAGCCUACCAGACUCCCAUUAGAUAUAGUUCUGUGGCGCUCCCAAUUGUGCCAAAUGGUUCAGUUGCCAAUUUGUACGUUCCUGAAAAUAAGGGAUAUGGCUCAUCUGGCAGCUCCUAUGGUGGCGGUUCCAGCAGCUAUUAAAUCUGUCCUGAUGUACACUGGAUCCUUUAGUUAAUAGUAAUAGUGCCUGUAACUAGUUAAUAAAUUCUAAAUUCAAAAUUUUGCCUUCAAGAGAAUUUUGUGUAAAUAUUUGAAAAAUGUUUGGUUAAUUUUUUGUUGAUUAUGUACAUACACACAUAGUAUAUUUGUUUUUCCUGAAUAAAAAGCUUAUUUCUAAGUGGAA